AUGGCUACUCAUAAACAUGACCCGAUUGUGUUGGUCAUAGAUUUCCACCAUGCACGCGGUCCCGAGAUAGAGCAUUGCAUAGCCGACGAAGGAACCGAUCCAGCAGUCGAGAAUGACUGGUCUCUACUGCCAUUCAUGGCAUUGAGCGAUGGUGCCCACCUGUCAACCGAGGAAUUCUCGUACUUCACACUUCGUCGGAAAGAAACACCAACCACACCCGAAACAUCUCUCUUCGGCAUCGCUUGUUCCCGACAGCUCGACGCGAGUCUGCUCAUCAACCGCCCGCCUGAAGUGACUCGGUCAACGGUACAAAAGGCCGUCGUGGUCGUGACGGAUACGCCGCAGCGAGUGGGCCAAUUGCGCGAGAAGCUCUCCGUAGUGACUUCGGCUUGGUUUGCACAACGUGACUUCUCUGAUAUUGAUAUUCUGAAGAAAUUCCGCGAGGCGUUGGUCAUUGCUCUGCUGAACGAUGAUAGUCCGAAAGACCAGAACUUAGGCCUUUCGCUUCGGGAAAUGAUUCAUGAAUUCAAGUCCCAGACGCUGGUUCUUUUCAAGGCACUACUGCUGCAGCCUAAGAUGCUCUUCUUCGGGACGCGCUGCGAGCGCCUCUGCAUGAUUCAGUUCUCACUUAUAUCCUUAAUACCUGGCCUUAUCAACAGCCUGCAAGACUGCGCAGAUCCUGCCUUCGACAGCUAUUCCCAGACUGUUGAGAAAGCAACUUCUCUCAAGACGAGUGAUCGAAGUUCUCUGUUGGCAUACAUGGGCCUUCCCCUGCAGAUCUUUGGGAAGGGAAGCAUGUUUGGACCGUAUACACCUCUCCAGCUGCUGGAUUUGCUGGCAGAUGAUGGAACGAAAUCAUAUGUGGUUGGCUCAACCAAUUCCUUACUCCUCCAACAAAAGGAUCGAUACAGUGAUAUCCUCAUCAACCUUGAUGAAGACAGCAUCGUCAUCAACUCUCCUUCACUUCGCAGUGCCCUGGCCCUUUCCGCAGCCGACAGACGCUGGAUCGAUCUGCUCACACAAAUUGUCAACGACACCUGGGACGAGGAACACCCUUCGCAGCCCAAAACUCUCGGCUUUAUGGGCUCAGAAGAGUUCAUCCGACUGCAGUUCGAAGAAUACUUGCUGGCCUUGCUAUCUUCCAUGAAAUACCACGAAGAGCUUUCUUCAAGCAAUGCGCCAGACUCAUUGAAUCGCAGUAAAACCCCGAUGCAAAACUACAACAUCGAAGGAGAUCCCGCAUCCGACUUCAACACCGAAUUCUUAGCCCACUGGAAAACCACCUCAAACUACGCCUUAUUCUCGCGUCUCACCUCAGACGCACUCCUAUUCUCCAUAACCGAGCCCCGCCACCCAAGCGCCGGCGGCCUAACAAUGGACGACAUUCAGCGCCGACUAUCCCAACAAGUCGCCGACCUCCACCUCGACGAGCGCGUCCGCGAAGGCCGCGAAGCCCUAAACCGCCAUUUCUCAACCGGCCAAAAGAAAGUAAGCGCCGCCUUCAACAGCUUCUGGUCCGACAUCGAGACAAUGCGCGAAGCGCAACGCAAACGCAACGAAGAAAAAGCAGCCACCCAAUCCCAGCGCGCCUCCCUGGACAAAGAAACUCCGACCUCCCCAACCCCAUCCCAAGACCCCGUCAACGACGCCUCCUGGUUCACAUCCCGUCCCAGACCAUCCGUCGACAUGACGCAGGCCCAAGCCUCCGUCUCCGCAGCCAGCCAAAAAGCCGGAUCCUACCUCAGCUCCUGGGGCUCCUGGGCUAGUGAAAAGCGCCGCGAAUGGCAAGACAAGCGCGGUUCAUCCCCGAACCCGUCCGUGAACGCGAAUGCUACCGAUUCUUCAGCGGCCGGUAUGACCUCGCCAUCUGCACCGGCUUUGUCCGUCGUCACUGAAACAGACGAAUCGGACCGUGGUCGUCGUCGCUCGAUACAGCUCAAGAGCGAAGGAUCCGGUAGUCCAGAGCCGGGGCUUGCUCGUAGUGGGAGCAGGAGGAAGAGAUGGAGUAAUAUCCUACUUAGACGCGAGAGCAGCGAGCUCCAGCGUCCCGAGGGGCUUUCUUCUACUUCUGAUUCUGCGGAUCAGUCGUUCCCUAAGUCGCCUCUCUCGCAGGGGUUUCCGGCGUAUGAGGAUGGGAAGAAGGCUCAGAUCGAUAAUUUGGACUCGGAAGCAAAGACCUCGCUGGAACCGGAACCCGUUGAUGCUGAUGGGUUCUCUUCUGUUGCUCUGACGCCGAAUGAAGGGUUGGGCUUGAGUUUGGGUCCUGGUGAGGGUCUGUCACAGAGCCAGAGCACGAGCACGAGCGAGAAGGAGUCUGUACUACACGACGCUGAGGUAGAGACACUUCCUGCAGCCCCGAGUAAAGCGUCGUCUGGUACGAACUGA